CCUCUGCGAGCUGCCCUCCGAGCAGGACCUCAUCCUCACCUGCCAGCCAACAAGGACAACUACACCAUCGCAUUUGAGGGCAGUCUCACCACAUACUCUGAGGACAGUGAGUGCGUUGAACCGGCCGUCAAUCAAAAACAUGACAAAUUGGGCGAGGAAGACACCUUAGUUUUAGAUAACGAUGAAAGAACGCGCAGGAAUUUAGAAUUAUUAGAGAGAUGUAAGAAAUUAACUAAUAAGCUAACUACGUCUAUGGCAAGGAGCGAUUUAGGAUUAACUACUUGGAGUAAGCUUAAGAAACAAACAAGUCAGUCACCCUUAAGGAGACACCCAUCGGGAAACAAUAAUGAAGGUUCACACGAAGCGACUGAUGCAACAGACGACAACAUGAGCAAUUCAGUUAUCAAAAGCCAAAGUUUGCCAAACCUGUACAGGAGGAAACUUAUGAGUAGUUCCAUAAAUUCGGCAGCUCUAAGUAAUUCAACGGUUGACUCGUUCACGGUGAAUCAACGACUUACAGGCAACCCCAUGUGCAUGAAAGUAUACGAUGUUUCGCAACACCGAUCGACCCAAGGAAGCCAACACUCGGAACCUAUGAGCACAUCUUCAACUGAAAAUCAAACGUCUUCUGAUAAAAGUCAGCCAAAACAAACAUUUAGCUUGGUUAAGUUAUUUAUGAAACAAAAGAGCAUGAGCAACGAUGGUAUUGUUAGCAUGGAGCAGUUAGACAGAUCAGAGUGCUGGCCGUCGAGCUCGGGCGGCGAGAGUGGCGAGUCCAUGGGAGAACAGAAACUCUCAGAUUCGAAAACAGCAAUCUCUGAACGGCCACAGAUAGAUAUACCUGCUUCUGAAGUAGAAGAAACCUCUUCUGUUGUGUACGAAGAGAUCCCUUCGAGUAUUAAUCCAUAUAAUAACAGAGUAUACGACGAAGUAUUAAUUGAAGAAGAGGAAACUGGCGAUGGUGUAAAAUUAAGUGAUAGUGAAUCGAGUAACCUUUAUGCCACCGUUAGCAAACCUCACGUUAAGAGAACUAAUUUAAACGUCGUAAAUAGUCCGUCUAGAAUGAGAAGCAACAGAAAGUCUUGUUCCUCUCAGUCUUCAGCAACUAGCGUUAGUAUUUCCAGCUGUUCCGAAUCUGAUGGAACACAAAUUACCAGAAUGAAUAGACUUUUGCAACGUGAACAGUGUGACAAUAAAUCAACGUCCACUCAUCUUGGUUCAGAUACUAUUGAUAAAAGCAUUCAAACAUCUAGCAUGCAAGUAUCAAGUGUAUCACAAAGAGAAUUAUUUAAGAUCGUCGAACCGUCAUUUUUAGAAAAACUAAAAGAAGGGGAUUGUGAAAAACCUGUUUUCGUGUUAUAUCCUAAUUAUACUCUCCCAGAUAUAAGUUUCCUUAAUGGAAGACCCAAUAUUUAUUUAAAUCCGCUAAAAGUAAACGUUUCUCCAAGAUCGAAUGAAAGCAAGAGAAACCGAUUGCAAGUGAAAGGCAAGCGCCCGUUUUCAUGCAAUGACCUUGAAGCUUUAAAGAAAAAAGGACUCGGACAUAUAAGAGAUGGGAUUCACUCAACUUCUUACUACCUAUGGAAUGCAAGCAAUUAUUGUCCGAGGUCCCUGAACUUAUGCAUCACGUAAAAGAUAAAGAAGUUGCGCCGAAAUGUAACGACAAGUUUUGCAGCGGCGGC